AUGCUCCGUCGUUCCCAAAACGCCAUCUGCGAGGCGCUCGCGGCCGUCGAUGACGGCUCGUUCCGGGAAGACACAUGGACGCGAGGGCCAUCCGGAGGCGGCGGCUGGAGCCGGGUCAUCCAGGAUUCCAAUGUUCUGGAGAAAGGAGGGGUGAACGUCUCAGUCGUGUAUGGGACGCUUCCCCCAGAGGCUGCGUCAAGAAUGACAAGUCAAGGCCACGUUCUUCCCCCUGCGAACGGCGAGGGGCGGAAGUUCUACGCCGCUGGUCUCUCGAUGGUGAUACAUCCGAGGAAUCCCAUGGCGCCGACAGUUCACUUGAACUACCGGAUGUUCCAGAUCUUUCAAAGUUCGCCAAGCGAGAACACCAACGGGCAUGGGGGGGAAGCACCUACAGCGGGAGAGCCACUCCUGUGGUGGUUCGGCGGUGGCACGGAUCUUUCUCCCGCGUAUGUCUUCGAGGAGGACUGUGUCUUUUUCCACGAGAAACUACGUGAGCAAUGCGACCGCUGCGACCCCAAAUACUACGCGAGGUUCAAAAGGUGGUGCGAUGCGUACUUCCGCAACCACCAUCGAAACGAAGGUCGAGGCAUAGGAGGAAUUUUCUUUGAUGACCUAAAUGAAAAGAUGAUGGUAUCGCCAGAAAAAUUCUUCGCUUUCGCAGAAGAUGGCCUGCAGACAUUUAUCGCAGCGUACAUUCCGCUCCUGGUCAAACGAAAAGACCAACCUUUUACCGAACGCGAGAAGAUAUGGCAGCAGAUCCGAAGGGGGCGCUACGUGGAAUUCAACCUGGUUCAUGAUCGGGGGACCAAGUUUGGAUUUCAGGUACCCGGAUCCCGUAUCGAAUCCAUCCUGAUUUCACUUCCUCUCACAGCACGGUGGGAGUACCAGUUUGAAGUCGAAAAAGGCUCCAAAGAGGAGGAGUCACUCCAAGCGUUUGUGGAACCCCGAGAUUGGCUACCGAUUGACAGCGCGCAUCUGGAAGGCUUCAGAUGGCCAACAGAGAGCGGCGCCAGGGGCCACUGA